GCGGGGUUUGUAACAUCUCAUUUCCACACUUCCUACCUCGCAAAUUUCCCUUGCUUAUCUUUUUCAUAUGUUGCUGAGAUCUUGAGGUUCUGCAUCGCGUUGCAUUGGUCUUUGAUUUGGAUGGUCACGAGUUCAUGAAAUAUCAUUCUCUUUUGUGGCCUUAGAAUGGAUGGUUAGAAAAAGGCGUUGGAAUUUGAUUACUUGCAAGUAUGUUCGAGACGCUGGCCGCCUCUGACAGUAAUCUCUGGCUCUGAAAGCUCCGACGAGGAUGGCAUUAUGCUGGUCAAGGCUAAUCCUCCUGAUAUACGCAUUCUCUUCCUUCGCCCAUGCGGCAUUCACUCUCACGUCUGAGCUCACGAAGUUCGUUCCGACUUGUGCUCAAGAUUGCUUUAUAUCAUUUCUAGAUUCGAAUUUUGAUACUGCUACAUGCGGCACAACACCGGCGUUAGAUUGUCUUUGUUCUCACAAUACUACAACAGGAUACACGGUGGGAGAAGGGGCAGUACAAUGUAUAAUUUCAGAGGAUAAUGUUGGUUUCUGUAAGGGAAACGACGCUCAGCAGUCUGUCGUUUUUGAUGCAUUUGGGAUGUGUUCCGGGCAAGCAAACGCCCUCCCUAACACACAUGCCACCAUUACAGCAACCUUGAUUGUGCAGAGUUCAAUGCCUAGCAUUGUUCUGGUAGCGCCAAAUCCAACCUCAACACAAAGUUCAAAUUGGUCAAACACGAUGAGUAUCAAAAGCACCUCCACACCAUCAUCGUCCAGUUCUCCAUUCGCUACUUCAUCAGGCUCUCCCGUCAGAAGCACGCCAGCUGGCAGCACCUAUUCGGCCAUAGCUUCUUCAAUGUCACCUACUCCUUCACCAAUACCUUCUUUGACUAGACCCCAAAUCAUAGGUAUCACUGUGGCUUCCAUUGGAGGAGGUGCAGUGGCACUCGGAUGUCUGAUCAUAUUUGCAUGUUGGAGGAGGAGGCAGUACCGAAAGGCACGGGAGAGCGACCUGCUACCGUUUCAAAUGGACCCCUCAACAAGUAGCAGCACACAAAAGUUUGUGGGCUUCAAGGGACCUACAGAAAGAGGAGGACCAGGGAAGCCCAAUGGAAACGCCGGCAGAAUUCCACCAAAAGUACCUCCGAGGCUGGAGAUUUCGAAUCCCAAUAUGUUCUCGAGAAGAAGCGUCAUGCAGGGGACGAUUGGUCUCGCUAUUUCCCCCGAGACAAAGGUUAACCAGCAGCGACCGCAGCGACAAUCUAGACUGCUGCCGGAAAAGCCUACAUUGACUCUAAUGAUGCCACCAUCACAAAAAAGAGCACAACCAGGCGGCCUUGCAUUCUCUCAACCAGUCGUGCAACCCUCGGCUGUAAGCAGGCAGAGCACGGCAACCCAAUUUGAGGAAGACGACGAGAGUGCAGAUACUGCUGUCGCCCGUGACGACACCUGGAGGUCUAAUUCCGGAGAACAAAUCUGGGAUUACUCCACGGGGAGGUGGAUAAGCACCAAGCCUCUAGACUCGAACCCUCAGGCACAACCGCUGUCGUUGAAUACCACUGGAGUGGGAAGUCAAUCGCGCUCAGGCGAAGUUUCGAAUUUGACCAUGUCGCCAAUCUCCUAUGUGAAGCCUCUUACUCUGGGCUCAAAAGUUGGAAGCUUCUCUCAGCCACGGAGACCGGAUGCGUAUUCAAGAACUCAGCAGCAGCAGCAACAACAGCAACUUGCCAUUCCAACUCAGAACGGGAGACCAAUCACAACUACAUCUUCAAUCUACUCACAACGAGGAUCACUUCCAGCAAGUGAGGUAGCUCGACAUAGCAGUAAGCAUGCUCGGAGGUCGUACAGACAACCCGGACCUUACGACCACAAUUCCGUCGGUUCACUUACGUCCUUCGAGAGCGAAGAGUCCAUCGUCUCGCCUCUUGAGCAGGAGCCUAAAACUGCUGAGGCUCUGUCACCAGUGGUGGAAUCCCCAGCCAGCGGCCGAAGCCCAGUCAGCUAUCCCAAGAUUCCCGGACGCUUGAGUGCAAAUACGAUACGCUUGGUUCCGCCGCCGCCACAGCCAGACUUCACAAAAGCUUUAGGUUCCCAGGGCAGAGCUGGGAAACCAUGGCGGCAAGCGGAAAUCGCCGCUCAACGAGAGCGAGAAAGAGUUCGGGUGCAAAACCAAGUCCAGGAACAAGUAGGAAUGCAGCCUUUUGGUUCCGAACCUGGACUCUCAGGCUACCAACGGCAACGUUCUGGAGAUAUCACGUAUGAUUUUCCAGCUCCUCCUGUAAAAGCAGCGGCUCGCUCACAGGCUCGACCUCCCCCACAAUUCGAACUGCAGCCGCCACCUCGAAAUUAUUACCUCCCAAGGCUACAGACGGAGCUCAAAAACAAUAUUCCACGACCGCCUCCAAAUCCACCUUCAAAUCAACCAUUGACAGACGCAACAGGCGGAUGGGGCAUCUCUCAAUCCCAAAGCAACUCAUCCCUAGUCCCUAAGCCACUGCAAGCCCACCCCUCGAUAACCUUCACCCGCUCCUCCUCCAGCAUGUCCCAAUACUCUACCGCCUCCAAAAUCUCCACCUCCUCAUCCCUGCUCGCCAAGCGUCGAGGCGAGCAAAAGGCCAACGCCCUCGCCUUGAAGCAUGAAGAAGAGAAGAAACGGAAUGGGAAAUGGAGGGUGCUAGGGAGAGAGGAGAUCGAGGAGGCGAAGAAGGUCAGCUGGAGACCGAUGUUGGGGAGUGAGAGGGGGGAGGACAACGGGGACUAUGAGGCGAGGACGGGGCAGCAGUUUGAGAGGACGGAGUUGCCGAAUACGCCGGGCUGGGUACCGAAACUUACGCCGACGAGGAGGGGAGAGGAGUUGUUUUUGAGUGUGCAGUAGUAGAAAGUUAUUUGGAGUUUGGUUCAGGGAUAUUUGCUUAGGGUAUAAUGCAUGAUGAGAAUUGAUGGGGGUGUUCAUGGUUAUGGGGGAGGUAGCGGGUUUUGCAUUGCCGGCGUUUGGGGACAUUUAUUUCUUGGGCUCAAUGGUCAGGGAAAGCGAAAAGAAAACGCAUGACGC